CGAAAUGAAAUUAGAAAAGAAUGCGGAGAAAGUGGUGAGCAACUGUCCACAGCAGACGCUGCUACUGCAGAUUCAGCGAACGCUCGAAGGAGAUCUAAUCGUGCUGAGGAGCCAAUCGUGCAGCAGAACACGACUACGGUGGAGGAGACUGAUUCUCCCAGAGAGAAGCUGGUGGUGCGUUUCAGCAGAAGCCAGCCCACUGAGAGUAGUGAAGCUUCGGGACCGCCUCCGCAGUGGAGACUCGUGCCAAUCUCCGCGAAGAGUUCUCCCGCGGCGAAGCAGUCCUGCUCGUCCGCCAAGCAGUGCCCGCCCCCGAACUCAGAGCAUUCGCAGUCGGCGGGCAACGGCGCGCAGCCACGUCGCCAGUCAACUGGAGACUGUCGCGACUCUUCACAGUCCGUACUGUCGCGUGAAAAUUCUCCCUCCUAGCAAGACUCUGACAGCCACAGGCAUACAGGAUGACAGCAAGGUUCCGGAGAGCUGCUGGGACUGUGGGCUUCGUGUUGAGGAAUGGCGGCAAAGUAAGAAUCCUCAUCGCUGUCAUACGUGUGAACUGUAUGUAUAAUUUUUUUC